AGUGUACUCUAAACCGUGCUGUGAUUUAAAUCAAAUAAAAUAGACUUUAAAUAUAUUAAUAUCUAGUUUUUUUUAAAAGAAGUGUCUUAAAAUGUGGUUAUCAGUGCAUGUUUUAGUUUAUUGUUUAAUUUAUUGUGAAUUAACUAAUUGUUUUAAAUUAUUUGGUCGGAAAUGGUUUGAUAAUCACGACCAUGCAGACGAAAAUGAUCAUACUCGUAUGCCAGAAAGUUUUGGUAUUAGACGUCAUCAAGGUGAACAAAGUGAAAUAAACAUUUCAAUGCCAUCUAAAGUGUGUUCUCACUCUAAUAGUAAUAAACAGAUUCCUAUGAGUUUACUACGAGAAAUAAAUGGGGUAGCCAGUUUGGAUGAUUUUGUGGAUCGUUAUGUGGACGGAGCCACAGAUUCAAUAAGUUUAACAAGUAGAUUUGGCGAAAGCGAAGAAAGAUCUGGAAGUCAAAUGCUAUUGCAUGCUGGCUGUUCACCAGAAUUCGUCACAGUUCCAAUAGAAGUGGAUGGUUUAGAUUCCAACACAAUUAUACAUCCGUCUUGUGUACGAGUUAAACGUUGUGGUGGAUGUUGUGAUGCCGUAUCAGAUUGUCAACCAACGAGUACCGGCAAAGAAAUGGUGUCAGCAAUUAUAAAAGUUUUUACAUAUAAUCAUGAUACAAAUAAAUUUGGAUUUGUACGAAAUGAAAUUGUCCCAUUGGAAACGCAUACCGAGUGUGAAUGUGGAUGUAAACGGAAACCGGAACAUUGCCUCAGUUAUCAAAAAUACUACGUAGAAGAUUGCGCGUGUCGGUGUAAUAAUACCGAUGAAGAAGAUAAAUGUGAAUCACAUGAUAGGAAAAUAUGGAAUCCAGACACUUGCACGUGCAAGUGUCAAGAAGAAGAAGAUUGUGCUACUGGUUAUUUCUUCGAUGAAAAUACUUGUGAGUGUAUGGAUGAAACACUAACCACCAGACGACCUAUAAGCGAUGUCCCAAAAAGCAUAGCAGAAAAUGAGCGAAUUAAGCAAGAGCGUAAUAAGCUUAAAGUAAAACCAAUUUUAAAUUAGUCAAGUAUUGUGUAUCAUAUAAUUAAUAAUGUGAUAAGUUUAUUUAUUACUUAAAAUUAUUUAUUUUAGUCUUUAUUGAUAUUAUAUUUAAACAAGUGAUUUAAGUAUCAAAAUACUCUAUACUAAGUGUCAAAAACCUAUAACUCGCGGUUUUCCGAGUAACAAAUGCUUGGGUUUCAAAAAUAAAGUAUGCUUUCUCCACUCCGAGCGAAAAGUUUCAACUUUCGUCCCGCUGUGCUAAACAAAGUUGCUGGCUUCCGCCUUCGUCGAGAAGAAUAGAAUAUACGAAACAUUUUCGAAAGCAAGAAACGUUUUACAUCUUACAGUAAAUACUAAAGGGACUUCUGGCUUCUCUAAUUUCAAUUGGUUUUUACGUUCACGUGCCCUGGUGGAAAAAAUAUUUGAAGAAAGAAUAAGUCUUAAAAAUUCU